UCAAGCCGUGUUUUCGGUUCCACUUAGCAAACGGCAAGGUGAGCGCCCUGCGCCGUCCACGCCACGCCCGCGAGGAUGGCGAGCCUCGCGGCCGUCCGCCUCCCGGCCGUCAGCGAUCAGCUUCCGCCACCCAGGCCGGCGCUGGCGUGGGCGGAGGCAUCCGGCGCAGCGCCCGCACCGAGGCCACCUUCGCACCCCAGGAGGGCCCGCGGGCGCCCCAGCGCAGGCGGGUGGAUCCAGCGCCCCCCUCUGUGCAGACCGCCCGGCGGCCACGCCAGGGCCACGCCGGGCUCCGACGUCCUCGUCCGCGGCAGGAUCCGCAGGCCCCCAGGGCUUCGUCCUCCCGAGCCCCCCGCGCCCCUGGCCUUCAUCGAAGCACUUGCCCGAGGUGGACACGGGGAUCUCCGAUCCUCGCCCCGGCAGCGGCACGCCUGGCUGGCACGCAGCGGGGGAGUUCACGGCGCCCGAGCCGUGGCCCAGAAUGGAGUUGGCCGGCAGCUUGGCAGUGAGCGACCGCACGAGCUGCACCGAGGCGACCUCCGACCUCUUCGCGAUCUCUUCGGAGCUCCCCGCCGAGGCGACCUCCGACCUCUUCGCGAUCUCCCCGGAGCUCUCCGUGGCGGGCACGGGACUCCGUCUGGCCAGCGCCAUCGCGGGCGAGGCCGAGCGGGCCCCCACCUGGCCGGGCAGCGUACGCCCCACCAGCGAGCCCCUCCCGCCCAGCGCGCCGCUCCACCUCGACGGCCGCAGGAGGACCCCGUGCCGCACGGGCCCGAGCCCGCGCGGCGGCGAACCGGCCGGGCAGCCUGCACUGCCGCGGGGGGAGGCGCCCGCGCUGUGCCGCCCCAGCAUGGCUGGCAGGUCGCUGUCGGCGAGGGGCAGCGGGUAUCCGCGCCACGCGGGCAGCUUCGGGGCUGAGGACGAGGAGCUUUGUGCAGCGGGCUUCAGGGGAGCAAGGGUUCGUGGCGAUGAUACGCUCCUGCGGACUUGAAAACACUCCACCUCGUGCCUCGAGGAGCAGGCUCUUCUUUUGUGUUAUGAAUCGAUGCACGCUUUUUUCAAUCGUUCGAGUUGCAUCGUAGCCCGUUGCUGGGCGCCCUCACUUUUUUGCCAUAGAUGUCAUGUGUGAUACCGACCCAUCUUCACUUCAGCUGACCAUAGCUCUAGGCGAAAGCCGAGUCGCAGAGAUGAGAGCACCAGCUAUGCGGGGGAGCCGAAGUGGGAGAGACGAGCGCAGAAGCUGGGGCGAUGGGCGAUGGAGUCGCAGAGGUAAGCUUAACCAUGCGAUACGUAUGUUAGGUUGCCAUGGUGACCCGGGCCAGUGGCCCCAAUGGCGGCGACUUUGUGCGCGCGCGCCUCCCGCGCAAAAUUGCGCAUCUAGAAAGUAAGCAUCGAAUUAGCAACUGAGCGAUUGAAGCGGGAUUGAGAAUUGCCCGCCAGGUCGUGCAACACUUGGCCUUUGGCUGUGCUGUGGGUUGCUUGGAGGCGACUUUGCCACACAGACAUCAAGGAAUCUCUGGCCAUGUGGUCUCUGCGAUUAGGGCAGCGCGUCUUUCUUGUUGGGGUGGAGCCGUGGCGAGAGCGACGCUGCUGUGAAGGCCCGCAGCACAGUGGGUGCACAGACACAGUUCUUCAACACAUCCCUACGUAUCCGUUGCGACUUACUGCUUCUGAGUGCACUACAAAAUAACUGGGUGCGCUCUGCGCGGAUAAGCC